UCGCUCGCUGCUCGCUCGCUCGCUCUCGGGCCCCCAUGCGGAUGUGACAUUUCAGGCCGCCGCCAUUUUGAGAACCCGCCGAGCCGAGCCGAGCCGCCGGGCGCCGCGUCCGCUCCGCAGCCCCGCCGCCGCCGAGGAGGCCGAGGCCGCAGCGCCCCGAGCGCGGCCGGCCCGUCGCCCGCCCGCGCCGCCGCCGCCGCCGCUCCCGCCGGGCCCAGGCCCCGCAGGCCCGCCGCGCAGGCCAGGCCUCCCGCCCGCCGCGCCCGGCCCGAGGCGGGGCUGAGUCCGCGGCCCCCGCCCGGCCGCCCUCCGCCCCCGGCCGGCCCGCAGCCCCGCAGCCCCGGCCCCGGCGGCGGGAGGCGGGCCCCGCGGCGGCCGCAGCAGCGGCGGCGGCGGCGGCCCCUGCGAGCGACGAGGCCGCCCGGCCCGGCCCGCCGGCCGUCCGCCCGCCUCGGCGCCGAGAUUGGGCGAAUCGCGAGCAAGUACGUGCGCGUCUCCCUGCCGCCGCCGCCGCCGCCGCCCGCCGCCGGCCUCCCCGGGGCCGCCGACGACGACGCGCGGGAGGAGGAGGAGGAGGCCGCCCCGCCGCCGCCGCCGCCGCCCGGGCUCGCCGCCCCCCGCCCGCCGGGCCCGCAGCCUGGGCCACCGGCCGCAGGCGAGGCCCAGGCCGCGGCCGACAUGAACCACCAGCAGCAGCAGCAGCAGCAGAAAGCGGGCGAGCAGCAGCUGAGCGAGCCCGAGGACAUGGAGAUGGAAGCUGGAGAUACAGAUGACCCACCAAGAAUUACUCAAAACCCUGUUAUCAACGGGAAUGUAGCCAUGAGUGAUGGGCACAACAACACGGAGGAAGACAUGGAGGAUGACACGAGUUGGCGCUCCGAGGCAACCUUUCAGUUCACUGUCGAGCGCUUCAGCAGACUGAGUGAGUCGGUCCUUAGCCCUCCGUGUUUUGUGCGAAAUCUGCCAUGGAAGAUUAUGGUGAUGCCACGCUUUUAUCCAGACAGACCACACCAAAAAAGCGUAGGAUUCUUUCUCCAGUGCAAUGCUGAAUCUGAUUCCACGUCGUGGUCUUGUCAUGCACAAGCGGUGCUGAAGAUAAUAAAUUACAGAGAUGAUGAGAAGUCAUUCAGUCGUCGUAUUAGUCAUUUGUUCUUCCAUAAAGAAAAUGAUUGGGGAUUUUCCAAUUUUAUGGCCUGGAGUGAAGUGACUGAUCCUGAGAAAGGAUUUAUAGAUGAUGACAAAGUGACUUUUGAAGUCUUUGUACAGGCAGAUGCUCCCCAUGGAGUUGCGUGGGAUUCAAAGAAGCACACGGGCUAUGUCGGUUUAAAGAAUCAGGGAGCGACUUGUUACAUGAACAGCCUGCUGCAGACUUUAUUUUUCACAAAUCAACUACGAAAGGCCGUGUACAUGAUGCCAACAGAGGGUGAUGAUUCAUCCAAAAGUGUCCCUUUAGCAUUACAGAGGGUGUUUUAUGAACUACAACACAGCGAUAAGCCCGUAGGAACAAAAAAGCUAACAAAGUCAUUUGGGUGGGAAACUUUAGAUAGCUUCAUGCAACAUGAUGUUCAGGAGCUAUGUCGAGUGUUGCUUGAUAACGUGGAAAAUAAGAUGAAAGGCACGUGUGUAGAAGGCACCAUCCCUAAAUUAUUCAGAGGCAAAAUGGUGUCCUAUAUCCAGUGUAAAGAGGUGGACUAUCGAUCUGAUAGGAGAGAAGACUAUUAUGACAUCCAGCUGAGCAUAAAAGGAAAGAAAAACAUAUUUGAAUCAUUUGUGGAUUAUGUGGCAGUAGAACAACUAGACGGUGACAACAAGUAUGAUGCCGGGGAGCACGGCUUGCAGGAAGCAGAGAAAGGUGUGAAAUUCCUAACAUUGCCACCAGUGUUACAUCUACAACUGAUGAGAUUUAUGUAUGACCCUCAGACGGACCAAAACAUCAAGAUCAAUGAUAGGUUUGAAUUCCCCGAACAGUUACCGCUUGAUGAAUUUUUGCAAAAAACAGAUCCUAAGGACCCUGCAAAUUAUAUUCUUCACGCAGUCCUGGUUCACAGUGGAGAUAAUCAUGGUGGACAUUAUGUGGUUUAUCUGAACCCCAAAGGGGAUGGGAAAUGGUGUAAAUUUGACGAUGACGUGGUGUCAAGGUGUACGAAAGAAGAAGCAAUCGAGCACAAUUAUGGGGGCCAUGACGACGACCUCUCCGUCCGGCACUGCACGAACGCAUACAUGUUGGUUUAUAUCAGGGAGUCCAAGCUGAGUGAGGUGUUACAAGCUGUCACCGACCAUGACAUUCCUCAGCAGCUGGUGGAACGAUUACAAGAAGAGAAAAGGAUCGAAGCUCAGAAGAGGAAGGAGCGGCAGGAAGCCCAUCUUUACAUGCAAGUGCAGAUAGUUGCAGAGGACCAGUUUUGUGGCCACCAAGGAAAUGAUAUGUAUGAUGAAGAAAAAGUCAAGUACACUGUGUUCAAAGUGCUGAAAAACUCCUCGCUUGCUGAGUUCGUCCAGAACCUCUCCCAGACCAUGGGAUUUCCACAAGAUCAAAUUCGAUUAUGGCCCAUGCAAGCGAGGAGCAAUGGAACCAAACGACCGGCGAUGUUAGAUAAUGAGGCCGAUGGCAACAAAACAAUGAUUGAACUCAGUGAUAAUGAAAACCCUUGGACAAUAUUCCUGGAAACAGUUGAUCCGGAGCUGGCCGCUACUGGAGCAACGUUACCCAAGUUUGAUAAAGAUCAUGAUGUGAUGUUGUUUUUGAAGAUGUAUGAUCCCAAAACACGGAGCUUGAACUACUGUGGGCACAUCUACACGCCAAUAUCCUGUAAAAUACGUGACUUGCUCCCGGUUAUGUGUGACAGAGCAGGAUUUAUCCAAGAUACUAGCCUUAUCCUCUAUGAGGAAGUUAAACCGAAUUUAACGGAAAGAAUUCAGGACUAUGACGUGUCUCUUGAUAAAGCCCUGGAUGAGCUAAUGGAUGGUGAUAUUAUAGUGUUUCAGAAGGAUGACCCUGAGAAUGAUAACAGUGAAUUACCCACCGCAAAAGAAUAUUUCAGAGACCUCUAUCACCGUGUUGAUGUCAUUUUCUGUGAUAAGACAAUCCCUAAUGAUCCUGGAUUUGUGGUCACGUUAUCAAAUAGAAUGAAUUAUUUUCAGGUUGCAAAGACAGUUGCACAGAGACUCAACACUGACCCAAUGCUGCUCCAGUUUUUCAAAUCUCAAGGUUAUAGGGAUGGCCCAGGUAACCCUCUUAGACAUAAUUAUGAAGGUACUUUAAGAGAUCUUCUACAAUUCUUCAAGCCUAGACAACCUAAGAAACUUUACUAUCAGCAGCUGAAGAUGAAAAUCACAGACUUUGAAAACAGGCGAAGUUUUAAGUGUAUAUGGUUAAACAGCCAAUUUAGGGAAGAGGAAAUAACACUAUAUCCAGACAAGCACGGGUGUGUCCGGGACCUGUUAGAAGAAUGUAAAAAGGCUGUAGAGCUUGGGGAGAAGGCAUCAGGGAAACUUAGGCUGCUAGAAAUUGUAAGCUACAAAAUUAUUGGUGUGCACCAAGAAGACGAGCUAUUAGAAUGUUUAUCUCCUGCAACGAGUAGAACGUUUCGAAUAGAGGAAAUACCUUUGGACCAGGUAGACAUAGAUAAGGAAAAUGAGAUGCUGAUCACAGUGGCACAUUUCCAUAAGGAGGUGUUCGGGACGUUUGGAAUCCCCUUUUUGCUGAGGAUACACCAGGGCGAGCAUUUCAGAGAAGUCAUGAAGCGGAUUCAGAGCCUGCUAGACAUCCAGGAGAAGGAGUUUGAGAAGUUUAAAUUUGCCAUUGUGAUGAUGGGCCGGCACCAAUACAUAAAUGAAGAUGAGUACGAAGUAAACUUGAAAGACUUUGAACCUCAGCCUGGUAACAUGUCUCACCCGCGGCCGUGGCUAGGGCUCGACCACUUCAACAAAGCCCCAAAGAGAAGUCGCUACACUUACCUUGAAAAGGCCAUUAAAAUCCAUAACUGACUUCCUCACCCGUGCGUGCAAGGCGAGGACCGCGUGUGGGUGUGCCCCUUUAACAGCGAGGACUCUGGCACACGUGCACUCUAGCGAGUCUUCCGAGGAGGAUUUGCUGCUGGUGUUCAUUUUAUUUUGUUGAGGCUGUUCAGUUUGGCUUCUCUGUAUCUAUUGACUGCCCUUUUUGAGCAAAAUGAAGGUGUUUUUAUAAAGCUUGGAUGCCAAUGAGAGUUAUUUUAUGGUAACCACAUGCAAGGCAACUGUCAGCAUUCGGGGAGAAGAGGUUAGUGGGACGCGUGGUGCUGGCAGGAGGUCUCUAGUCUGUCUAGUUGGCAGAAGCUGCCUGGCUGCCUGCUGGGGGUCCCGGCCUCCACCCGCAGCCAGGAAGUCGUAUGUUUAGGCUUGUCUGACGUAUUUCCUUCAGUUAUAUUUCAAUGGCCUUUUGUGCAUCUGUAAAGGCAAAACAGAGAAACUCACAAGCUAAUAAAUAGCACUCUUUCCUUCACUGCGUGUCCUGUCGCCCCUUCCUCAGUCCUCUCCCAGCCGCGUGGGUCUUUCCAUAAACUGUCUCACUUCCGUCAGCCACUGCUGCUCUGCAGCCCAUUGCAGAGUGGGCGCACGGAGUAGUCUGACAGCCGUCCUGGGGUCUUUUAUUAAAUGGAAAGCACUGUUAAUUACAAUUAAGGUGUAUAAGCUGCCUGUCGGCAGACUGAUCUCGCAUUCAUGUGAGCAGGUGAAAGAUUAUACAUAGAAUUUCCUUAAAACACAACAGAUGAACAAGAGAGCCUUUUAGCAAAGAGGGCAUGCUCACUAGUGGUAGUAAGCUGUUGACUUUGUAUAAAAGUUAAAAGAAAAAAAAAAGGAAAAAUGAAAUUGUAUAUUUAAUGAAUGAACAUGUACAAUUUACUGCUGGGAGGAGGUGACUUUUUUGUUGGGUGAAUCUACAGGUGACUCACUGAUGUUGAUAUUCAUUGUGUGUAGUUUAUUUCAGUCCCGACCUUUUAUUUUGGAGCUAAAUGCCAGCUGCGUGUCUAGUUUUGAGUGCAGUAAAAUAGAAUCAGCAGAUCACACUUUUUUUUCAUUCUUUUCCAGUAUUUUUUGUUUCUGUAGCAGCAGUGUACACCAACUCUUCCUGUAUAUUGCCUUUUUGCUGGAAAAUGUUGUACGUUGAAUAAAAUUUUCUAUAAAAAUGAUAA